AAGGGUAUCGCAGUCUGUCAGAGAGCCGGCAGCCCGCAACGCGAGAGUUGCUGCCGAGUUGUAAUUCGAGUUUGAGUAUCGUUGAUUGAAGAAACAUAGGGGGGAAGAGACAUUUGUGUAAAAUCGUAGUAAAGAAUUCGUUUAUUUAUCCGUCUUUAGAUAAAAAAGGAACAUUUCGUCUUCGAUCUACGUUUAGUGUCGCUGUGUCUUACGACGGUUCUCUCUCGCAGCACCCUCUUAUUGACCAUCGUAUUUGCAAACUACUUGGUCUUCUGUCGCUCUUCAUUUUCUCCCUCUUCUGUUCCUAUUUCUUUCUUUUUCUGUUUCGUUCUCUCUCUUUCUCUCCCUUGUUUUCUUCUUCUUUUUUUUUAAAUGCAUCGUAAACGAAAAAGUUGAUUUUCAAGAGGCACAUAUUGUUAACAAAUCUGAUUGUUCUCUCAGUUUCUUAACCGGAUAUAUUUUGUAAAAUUGCCCUUUUCGUGGGAGGAAAAAAACGUCCCUGGAUAUACCGCAUAUCGAGAAAUCGAAAAAUUAAAACUGGAUAAUCGUGUCACCUAACGAGCAAUGAGUACCACGGAUCCUACUGGAGAGGGAGGAGGGGGAGGGGUGACGAGUACAAUAUCACCAACAAACGUUGAACAAAAUAUAUCUCCGGUUAUACCGGUGACCGGUAGUGCGGUGCAACCAGGCUCUCAACAACAGCAUCCACCACCGUCACCACUAAGCGGUUGUUACCUUCUCGUUGUGCUUCCAGAGCCUCAUACUGCGCAGCAUAAAGAUCUCAUCUUAAAUCGUCUAGCGAAAGGUUUCCUGUCAUGGGAUAAGGAUAGCUGUCAUGUAGAUUUAGAAAAAGAAUUACUGGCGUUGGUGGCACAAGCUCCCGAGGGAGAAGAAGCUAGAAAUGGCGAACGACUGAUUCAAUACGCUACAGAAAACCUCGUCACCGAGGUUUUGAUUCACCCGCAAACGAACACAUUAUUGCAAUGUAUUCGCAAUCUUCUCGCAAGUUUCACGAAACACCGGCAUAUCAUACACGCUGGCUACACGUUCGGUGGAAAUGGUUCCUGGAUACUGCAAGAUGGAACCUUUAGCCUCGCCGAUUUCCUGGACGCCUUCAGCGAACACGAAGUGCAAAGAGUUCUUCGAGCGUACGAGAACAGCGUCACGGUAGACAUUCAUUGCGCGAGCGUUGGCGAUUGGACGACGAACAGAUUGUCCAAAGAGGCUUGCACCAGAGCGUGCAGAGUCCGAGUAAAUCCCGAUGACGUUCUUACCGCUGGCCUGUCAGCAAUCACCAGUUUUACAAAUUACGUUGGACAAUAUCUCGUUGCCCAAACGUUGGACCAAUUGAUGGAACCGUCCGAUGUUGUGGGCAACAUAAGAUUCAGCCAUCCAACAUUAUACGUCUUCCCCGGUGGCCAAGGUGAUGCCGCCCUCUUUGGCAUAAACGGUUUUAACAUGCUGGUCGACGGCGGUUUCGCAAGGAAAGCCUGCUUUUGGGACUUUACCAGGCAUCUCGACCGCCUCGACGCGGUCUUAGUUACUAGAAUAAAUAAUAGCAAUGUCGGCGGCAUGUCGAGCGUUCUUCGCAAAAAGAAGGAGAUGCACGUUUAUCCUCAGAUCGGACACUUUUUCUGUAAUCUAGUCGAGAGAAGACAAUCCAAUUCACCGGAUGGGAACAAAGAUAUCGAUCCUCUGAUCCUGAAUCUCACCGACAUUGGCCAAGAGAUGGUAGUUAAUCUACGGCACAUCAACUUGCGGGCGCAUCCUUGCUACAGGGAUCCGGACCCGAUCAAUCUCUACCACAAAGUGGGCCACGGCACGUUGGACAUGUACGUGCUGAGCCCGAGCAAGGACAGCCGCGAGGUUAGGGAAUUCCUUGCUAAAUGGCACACCUCGGACUCGAAAUUGUUCUCCGGCUCCCACAAAAAGGACUCGAACAAUUUAACGUUCCCGAUUCAGAAUCUCGUCUCGAUAUGCGCCAUGCUCGUCUGGCAGCCUGCCAAUCCCGAGGACACUAUCACGAGAAUCCUGUUCCCCGGCAGUACACCCCAGCCCAAGAUUUUCGAAGGUUUCGAACGAUUGAAGCAUCUCGAGUUCCUCAAGCAUCCCGUAUGCUCGGCGAAAAGUCUCUCCCCGUCCGCCUCGUUGGCCACCUUGCGCGACAAACCUGCCAAGCAGAAGUUCAGCCUCAUAACCGACAAAGAGCCGGCCAAGAAGAUAGGGGACGCGAAGAAGGAGAAGAAGGAGUCGCCGGAGAUGAAAGUGAUUAAAGGCGGGGACGAUUUGCCGGCACGCGUAGCGCCCCAGGGCACACCCACUAUCAUACCCACUAAACAACCGCAACCGGUUGGCAAACCCGAGGCGAAGGUUAAAAAGGCGUUGGAGAACAAGAAGAUAGAGGUGGAGAUAAAGGACGUGAAAGAGAGGAAGGAGCAGAAGGAGGCGAAGAAGGAGAUCAUAAAGAAGGAGAUUGGGAGGAUGGAGAAGGAUGAGAAACGGGAGGAAGAACCGAGGAAGCCUAUCGAGGCUCCUCCCGCGACUAGGCAGGAGGGUGAGAAGAUAAUCGCGCCCCCAGCGAAGGAAGCGAAACCUAGGAAGAAAGAGGCGAAAAGCGCGAAGCCGGGGAAAAUAGACGCGAAAUCGAAGAUCACGGAAUCGAAGAAGGCGAAACAAUCCCCGGUCGAGAAGAAGGAGACCGUGAUCAAAUCGUCACCGACCACCCCCAAGAAGACCAUGAACGGGGUGGCGACGAAAACGGAGAUAUCGAAGGCGGUCAAAAAGAUGCCGCCCGUGCACAAGAUCGAGGUCGCGCCCCCGGCCAAGAGCACGAAGGACGCGAACAACAGGAAGGUGGUCGAGCAGAAGAAGUCGGCGAUAAAGGAGACUGGUGUAACCGCAGCGGUGAAAGUGACGGCGAAACCGAAACCGAUGGACAGAAAGCCGAUAGGCCGAAGGAAGCCUGUCAGCCCGAGCAAGGUGCGGCUGUUCGGCAGCCCAGCGAAAUCGACUCGAAGCACGCCAACGACUUCCGUCAAAUCCGACAAGGACGGUGUCGUUGCCCGCAGGGCGAAGGGGGAGAAGGGGACCGCCGACUCGUCCACGGUGUCCACGCCGUCGGGGAUCGAGGCCGAGGCGGGUGGCAGACUGGCCGAGAAGAGUUUGAUGGAACAAUCGGAGGACAUCUCGUUGGACUCGAUCGAGAGCAAGGUGUUGGCCGACCUGAAAGAGGAACGGGAGGUCGUCGAGGAGAUCGAGGCCGUCCUCCAGAAGGCGGAACGCAUCGAGGAGACGAGGAAAGACGAUCGUUCCGAGGGUGACGAUGAAAUCACCGCCGAGCUUACCGACAAGAAGGAGGAGGAUAUCACGGAUGACGACAUAAUCGAGCCCGACAUGGAGGAAGCACUGAAGAGGGAGAUGAUCGACGAAUAUCUGAUCGUCGAGAAGGAGGAGGAUUACAUCGAGGACUCUACCCAGAGCGGGGAGGGCGAGCAGAAACAUAUCUUGGACGAGGCUGAAUCGGAGAAGGCGAAGAUGUUGAAGGAUAUGGAACAGGUGAAGGAGAAGGGGGAGGAGGAGGAGGUCGAGGAGAAGGAGAGGGACGAGAGCGUGGUGGUGGAGAAGCGGGAGAAAGAAGAGGAGGAGGAGAAGGUAACGUUGAAGAUUGAGGAGGAGGGAGCGGAGCCUAUCGAUCUGUCGCCUGAUCGGAGAGAGCAGUUGGAGGAGGAGGUGAAGGAUAUAAUAGCUACCGCGGCGGAAACGAUACAGCAGAAGCCCGAGGAGAAGGACGAUUCCGGGAAGAAGGACAGCGAGGAUGUCACGAAGGAACCGUCCAGUUUGAGCCCGGACAAAUUAGACUCGUCCGAGAAGAAAACUACCGAUACCGACUUGAAGCCUGAGGUUGACCAGAAGGAACAGAUCCCCGAAAAAUUGGAGGAAUCGCAAGAAAGGAUUUCGACGUUGGAAUCAGGCGCCACGACCACAGCACCGACGCUUCCCGAGGACGAGCGUAUACCGCUCGAUGAGAUAAAAGAAGACAUCGACGAGAAACACAUCAUCGAGGAAGUGAAAGAGAAAGACGUGAUACCGAAGGUUAAGGAGGAAGAGGUGGCUGUUGCCGCUUCGCGAAUUGUACCUCUCACGGUAACCACCAAGCCUGACGUCCACGUGUUCGACAUCCGCCAGGCUGUGCAACGAGAUAUCGUGAAAACGCCGGACGAGGUUGCCGAUCUGCCUGUCCACGAGGAGGUGGAUCCCAAGUUGUACAGAAUAGAAGACUUUGAAAAGGACAAAGAGGAAAAGCUGACAUUGCCGCAGCCGCAGGCGCAACAAGAACAGAAACCGGAACAGAAACUGGAACAAGAACCGCCCACUCCCCCGGUUAAGGAGCAAAAAGGUGUUUUCAGUUUCUUCGGCAAGGUUGCCGAUAAAUUCGAGAAGGGUAUCGAUAAGUUGACCAAAAAAUCGAAGAAGGAGCAAGAGAAGGAUGUUGACGAAAAGUCUUCAUCCAAGUCAAGCUCUCCUAAAGAAGCCAAGGUGGAGAAAACUGUUCUCGAAGAGGUCGACAUGGAGAAAAUGUUCCCCAAAGUAGGCAAACCCAGUGAAAAAGCACAAGAAGUAGAACGGAAGGAUAGCGAAGCAAAGAUUUCACCGCCUGUUGAAGAAAUUGUCGCGAAGGAACGACCCGUCGAGGAUGUUUCCAUACCAGAACCUGAAGAAGCAAAGCCCGAGAUUAAACCGAGUGAAAUUGAAAAGAAGGAAGAAGAAAUCAUUGCGCCUAAACCUGUCGAUGAAAAAAUUGUGAUAAAGGAAGACGUGAAAGUGAGUGAAGUUCAGCCGAAAGAAGUCGCGUUGGAUGAGAAGAAAGAGGGAAUAGCAGAGAUCGAUGCCAAGAUUAGGAAGGAAGAGGAGGUUGGAGAAGAAGUCGAGGAAGACGCGGAAGAGAUAAAAGCCUUGCUGGAAGAAGCUUCGAAGAAAUUUAAGACUGUGAAGGAUAGCCUGAGAGACUCGUUGGAGUCGCUAGAAGAAAAGAUCGAGGAAGAAACUGUCGACCUGACGCGAGAAGUACCACUAGUGAAGGAUGUCGUUAAAGACACGUUGGAGGGUGUGGUGGAAAAAUUGGAAGCGAUAAAACCACAGAUCGAAAGCACAUCGCCCGAAACAAAAGAACCGGAGAAAGUAAAAUUCGAAAUACCAAAAGAGGAAGAUUGGGAACCGGUGCCUACUAAGGACGUUAAAGAGGCUGUUCGAGAUGUUGGCGAAGUCCUGGCUGGGACAGCUGGCAUAGAUAUCGAGGAAAAACCGAAAGAUGUCAUUGAAAUCGUGCGCAAAGUUGCUCAAGUUCUAAAGGAGGACGAUUUAUUUUCGGACAAAGCGUUGUUCGAGGAACCGAUCAAGAAAGAAGAAGUUACCGUAUCGCCUACUGCCGCUAAAACUAAAUCACCAGUUUCUGAAGGCGUCGAAUCGCCUGAAAAAUUAACCACGAUCGAAGAUAAAAUUGCCGUGAUACCGACGAGAGUCGGUAUCACGGAAGAGAUUUCCCCUUAUCAGGAGGAGGCCGAAGAGCUCGUUGAAGUGCACGAGGAGCCUUGCGUGAAAAUGGUUAAGAAAAUCGAGGAGAUUACGUCUCCGGAAAAGAGAUCGGAGGAUAAACGCGACGUUAAAGAAAUUUGCGAAGAGAUGUUGAAAGAGGAUAAAGAACCGAUAAAGGAGCCGGUUGUUUCGGAUAAGGAAGUUGUUUCUCCGAAAGUGGAUGUAAUGGAAGCUGGAUUAGAGGACGUAUGCGUGAAAGAAACCGCGAGAAAAUCGAUCGAUGAAGCACAAAUUGGAACAGGGGUGGAAGAGUCGGUGAUAGGUUUCGAUCAAAAGAUUUCUCCCGCGAAGGCUGAGAUCGUGAUGGUCUCUCCCGGUUCGACGCCAACAUCGCCGAAAUUCGUAACUGACAAAGAGCGCGAGGCCAAAGUGGACGCGAGUGAAGAAAUUGCUACCUCAAUUGAAUUGCCGUCCGAAGUAAGGGCGAUCAUCGAUAAAGUUGAUCGCAUGGUAGAAGAGAUAAUCGAAGAGCUUGUAUUGAAGAAGAAGAGAAUUACGAUUGAGAUUGUAGAGUAUAUCACGAUCGUGAAACGUGUUCCAAAAGAGCGUGUGAUUUAUAUUAUUGAAGAGAUUAUCAUACGGAAAGGACUUUCGAAGGAGGAUGUUGUCGAUAACGUUGAUAUCUUGAAACUCGAAUCGAUUACUCCACGAUUGCAAAUGGAACUCGAGGAAUAUAUCAUUAGCGAAUAUAUGAAAAAAGGAAAAUGUAUAACCAUUGAAAUCGUGGAGGAAAUUUCUGUGAGAAAAACUGUACCGAAAACGAUUAUUAUUCGUAUUAUUCAAGAAAUUAUUAUUCAAAAAUUAAUCGAUGUUCCUACUAAAGGUCUAUUUGAUUCGCAGGUAGAACAGAUUGUUCUUAAACAAAAGAAAGAAGAAGAAAAGGAAGAAAUAGAAAAAGUGGAAAAGAAAGAAAUCGAAAAGGAGAAAGAAAAGGAAGAAAAAGAAAAAGAAGUUACGGAAAUCACGAAAGAGCCAGAGAAAGUAUUAUCGCCAAUCGAUAAAGUACCUGUCGCGAAACUAGAGAAGGAAAAAGAUGAGAAACUAUUCGAAGCACCUGAAACGCUCAAAGCAGAACUCGACUUGAAAAAAAAGGAAGAGGUCGAAGAAGAAGAAGAGGAAGAAGAAGAAGUAGAAGAAGAUGGUUUUGUUAGUAUCGGUAAAAGAAUUUCGAAAGAAGAGAUACAAAUUAAAGAACAAAUAAUUCCAAAAGAAAAAGAUAUUACCGAUGAUUUUGAAGCUGUUGAACAGGAGUAUAAAGUGGGUGAAGUAACGGUUACUUCGUUGGAAGAUACCUCGCGGAUUAUUCCAAAAUUGGAUGAAUCGAGGGAACGAGAAUACGCUGAAGAAGCUGUUGAAGAUGUAAUAAGCGAAGUUAUCGAGGCUGAUGAAAAAUUUGUUCAUGAGACGAAAGAGAAAAUAGAGAAAAAAGAAUUAGACAUCGAUGUCGACAAAGAACAAUUUGUUAAAUUGGAUAAAGAAGAAAUGGAAAAGAAAGAACUUAAAGAAUUGACUGAGACGAUAGAAAUAACAAAAGAAAUGGAAUCCCUUGAUACGACAGAAAAAUAUUUAGACGAAGCUAAAGAGAAAAAGGAAGAAAAAAUUAUUGACAAAACAAUAGAGAAAAAAUUAAUCGAAGAAACAACGAAAGUGACUACACUUCAAGUUGAAAAAGAGGAAAGAAAACCGCAACAAGAGAAAGAAUUAAAAAUAGAAGAGAAAAAAGAAGAAAAGAAACUCGAAGAGGAAGAAAAAGAAUUAAAGGUUGAGGAGAAGAAAGAAGAAAAGAAACCCAAAAAAGAAGAAAAGAAACCCAUGGAAGAAGUAAAAUUAGAAGUUGAGGAAAAAAAAGAAGAAAAAAAACCUGAAGAAAAAGAAAAAGAAAUAAAGGUGGAGGAAAAGAAAGAAGAAAUGAAACCCGAAGAGGAAGGGAAAGAAUUAAAGGAUGAGAAGGAGAAAGAAGAAACGAAACCUAUUGUGAAGGAAGAGAAAGAAAUAAAAGUUGAGGAGAAAAAAGAAGAAAAGAAACCCGCAGAGGAGGAAAAAGAAAUAAAGGUUGAAGAGAAGAAAGAAGAAAAGAAACCAGUAAAAGAGGAGAAAGAAAUAAAGGUUGAGGAGAAGAAGGAAGAGAAGAAACCCGCAGAGGAGGAAAAAGAAAUAAAGAUUGAGGAGAAGAAAAAAGAAAUAAAAUUAGUAGAAUCGUUACCUGAGUUAAAAUCUACCGUCGAGGAAGAAAAACUUGAUAAAGGCGAAAAAAUUAAAACUCCAGAAAUAGUAAAAGAAGAGAAACCAGAAGAUAAGAAGGAAAUAAUUAAGGAGAAAUCUCCGGAGAAAAUAAUUGAAACUGAAAUUGAAUCAAUUAAAGACAUUGAUCGUAAACCAAGUAUCGAGGAGUUGGCUAAAGUAGAAAAAAUAUCUCCGAAAUUGGAGAAAAUUGAAGGUGAAAAGCAAAUUGUUCCACAAGAACAGGAACGUAUCGAUUCAAGUAUAGAAGCACAGGUGGAAGAAAUAAAGGAGAAGAAACCAGAAAUCGGAGAAGACAUUGGAUCUGUUCGACGAAUGUUAGUCACAGCGAGUAGCGAAGACGGUGGACAGGAAACGGAAAUUUGUGCAGCUGGUACUAUCGCGUUUCAAAAAGCUAUUACACCCGAAGAUUCUCUUAAAGAUACAUCUAUCAAAACAACACCUGAUAAAGAUUCUUUGCUUUUAGAUAAGGACUCUCUGCAUUCGGAAAUAAAUAGCCCAGAAAAGGACAGUAUUUCCGAAAAGUCAUUGCCAAAAGACAUUGGAAAAAUAACGCCCGAAGACAGUUUGGAUAAAUCUCCAAUCGAUACACGUGAUUCGCGUGAUCUCGAGGAUAGUUUGGAGAAAGGUAAACCGAGGGAGGCGGAUAGUAGCACCUCUCCAUCUGUUAUGGACACAGAAACUCCCAAAUCUCCAUUACAACAGAAACAAAUUGAAGAUGUGGCUAAAGUAGUAAAACCUGAUAUUAUUGAGAAAGAAGAAUUGCACGAAAAAAUUGUUGAAGAUUUACAGAAAUCCAAGGAAGAAACUGAUAAGAAAAUCCUUGAAAUAAGUACAUUAAAAUCAUCCGAAUCGAUUCGAUCGGAGGAUGUUUCACCGGCAGAAACCAUUUUUGCGAAAUCACCCACGGAAAAAUUAAAAGAACCGAGCAAAAUUCCAACCGAGACAAAAGAGGUAGAACCGGCGAAAUUAGAAACAGAAACCAUAACAAAGCGAGUUGAAGAAAUUAGCCAAGAGAUUCGUGAAAUUGAAGUGAAAAAAGAUGAAAAAGAAGAAGUGUGUGUAUCGCGUGAAAAGAGUGAAUCGCCAAAAGAGGAAUCAAUUAUCGAAUCUGCCAAAAUAGAAGAAAAAGAAUUAAUCACAGAUCGCAAAUUAGAAAUCUCUACUGACCAAGAUAAAAUAGAAAAGAAAGAUGAUUUGCAGGAAAUAAGCGAGAUUAAAAUGAAAGAAGAGAAACUGAAAGAUUUAGAGGCAGAAAUUCCUGAUGAAUCAAAAAUAGAGAAUAAAAUAUCCUCUGAUAUUAAACAGACUGAUAUUAUUGAUAAGGAUAAGCUUCCAAUUGUAGAUGUUGAUAAAUCUAAAGUGGAAAUACAAACAUUAACAAAAUUAGAUACUACAACAAUUGUAACUGAUAAAGAGCUAAGUACUUUUGAUGAAAAGAGCAAAAAACCAAUCGAUACAUUAAAAUCAACUUUUGUUACAGAUACUACGUCAACUACAGAAAAACCAAAAUCUCCCAUUAUAACAGAAAAAAUUCAAGAAUUUGAUGUCACCGAUAAAGAAAUAGUUUCUCCCAAAGAAGAAGAAACGAAAAUGAAGGAGAAAGUAGAUAUAGAAAAACACGUGGUUGAAAAAAUUGAGAAAGUCAAAGAAGAAAUCAAGCCCGAAAGUAUACCAAUAGAAACAAAGACGGCGAUCGAUGCAUCGAAACGACCUAGUAUUUCAAGUGAAAUUCAUGUCGUAACAGAGGCUGAAACUAAGGUAAUUGAUAAAUCUAAAUCACCAAGUGAAAUAGAUGAAACAGAAGAUAAAACAAGAUCGCCCAGCAUUGCUGGUGAUAUCGAAGAUUCGAAAGAAGUAGAGACAGCAAGUAUUGAUAAAUCUAGAACACCUAGUGUAACAAGUGUUACAGCAGAACAAAAGGAAGUAUCUGACAAAUCAAAAUCGCCCAGUAUUGCUGGAGAUGAACCUGAUUUAAAAGAUAUCGAAACAAAAGAAAUUGAAAAAUCAAGAUCUCCCAGUGUAACAAGUAUUCCUUCAGAAGAAAAGAAAACAAUGGAUAAAUUAAAAACACCUAGUCCCGAAGAAGAAUCAGAUUUAAAAGAUAUUGAGAAAUCUAGAAAACCCAGUGUAAUUAGUGUUCCAGCAGAAGUUAAAGAAACCAUAGAAAAGUCACCUACUGUUUCUGAACCAGAAUUAAAGGAGAUUGAAAAAUCUAGAUCUCCUAGUGUAACAGCAGAAACAAAAGACGUUGAUAUGAAAGAAAUAGAAAAGUCCAGAUCUCCGAGCGUAACAAGCAUUACAACAGAAGUAAAAGAACCAUCAGAUAAAUCAAAGUCACCCAGUAUUGUUGGUGAAGUUGUUGAUCUGAAAGAUGUUGAUAAAAAAGAAAUUGAAAAGUCAAGAUCUCCUAGCGUAACAAGUGUCACAGCAGAAGAGAAAGAGUUAUUAGAUAAAUCAAAGACUCCUAGUAUUGCUGACGAAAAGCCAGAAUUAAAAGAUGUUGAGAUAAAAGAUAAAGAAAAAUCUAGAUCUCCAAGUGUAACGAGUGUCACUGGAGAGCCAAAAGAAGUAUCAGAUAAAUCAAAGUCGCCCAGUGUUGCUGGUGAAGAACCAGAAUUAAAAGAUGUUGAAGUAAAAGACGUAGAAAAAUCUAGAUCCCCAAGUAUAACAACAGAAAUAAAAGACAUUGACAUGAAAGAAGUAGAAAAGUCCAGAUCUCCAAGCGUAACAAGCGCCACAGAAGUAAAAGAACCAUCAGAAAAAUCAAAGUCACCAAGUAUUGCUGGUGAAGUUGUUGAUCUGAAAGAUGUUGAUAAAAAAGAAAUUGAAAAAUCAAGAUCUCCCAGUGUAACAAGUGUCACAGCAGAAGAAAAAGAACCAUCAGAAAAAUCAAAGUCUCCCAGUGUUGCUGGAGAAAAGCCAGAAUUAAAGGAUGUCGAAACAAAAGACGUAGAAAAAUCCAGAUCUCCAAGUGUUACAAGUGUUAUUACAGAACCGAAAGAACCAUCAGAUAAAUCAAAGUCGCCCAGUAUUGCUGGUGAAGAACCAGAAUUAAAAGAUGUUGAAGUAAAAGACGUAGAAAAAUCCAGAUCUCCAAGUGUUACUAUGGAACCGAAAGAACCAUCAGAUAAAUCAAAGUCUCCCAGUGUUACUGAUGAAGUUGUUGACUUGAAAGAUGCAAAAGAAAUUGAAAAGUCGAGGUCUCCAAGCGUAACAAGUGUUACAGUAGAAGAAAAAGAGCCAUCAGAUAAAUCAAAAUCUCCUAGUGUUGCUGAUGAAAAACCAGAAUUAAAGGAUGUUGAGAUAAAAGACGUAGAAAAAUCCAGAUCUCCAAGUAUAACGAGUGUUAUUGCGGAACCGAAAGAACCAUCAGAUAAAUCAAAAUCUCCCAGUGUUGCUGGUGAAAAGCCAGAAUUAAAAGAUAUUGAAGUAAAAGAUAUAGAAAAAUCCAGAUCUCCAAGUAUAACAACUGUCACUACGGAACCGAAAGAAUCACCCGACAAAUCAAAGUCGCCCAGUAUUGCUGGCGAAGAACCACAAUUAAAGGAUGUCGAGAUAAAAGAUAAAGAAAAAUCCAGAUCACCAAGUGUUACUCUUGAAUCAAAAGAACCAUCCGAUAAAUCAAAGUCGCCCAGUAUUGCUGGUGAAGAACCAGAAUUAAAAGAUGUUGAGGUAAAAGAUAAAGAAAAAUCCAGAUCUCCAAGUGUUAUUGCGGAACCGAAGGAACAAUCAGAUAAGUCAAAAUCUCCCAGUGUUACUAGCGAAAUUGCUGAAUUGAAAGAUGUUGAUAUAAAAGAAAUCGAAAAAUCGAGGACACCUAGCAUUACAAGUGUUACAACAGAAGUUAAGGAGCCAUCAGAUAAAUCAAAAUCGCCGAGUGUUACUGGUGAAGAACCAGAAUUAAAGGAUAUUGAUACAAAGGAGAUUGAAAAAUCCAGGUCUCCAAGUGUAACGAGUGUCACAGCAGAAAUAAAAAAACCAAUUGAUAAAUCAAAGUCGCCUAGUAUUUCUGGUGAAGUAGCUGAAAUGAAAGAUGUUGAUACAAAGGAGAUUGAAAAAUCUAGAUCUCCCAGUGUAACAGGUGUCACUGCAGAAACAAAAGAAGCAUCAGAUAAAUCAAAAUCUCCCAGUGUUGCAGGUGAAGUAGCUGAAUUGAAAGAUGUUGAUACAAAGGAGAUUGAAAAGUCGAGGUCUCCCAGCGUAACAAGUGUCACAGCAGAAACAAAAGAACCAACAGAUAAAUCAAAGUCUCCCAGUGUAGCAGGUGAAGUAGCUGAAUUAAAAGAUGUUGAUACAAAGGAGAUUGAAAAAUCGAGGUCCCCCAGCGUAACAAGUGUCACAGCAGAAGCAAAAGAACCAAUGGAUAAAUCAAAGUCACCAAGUGUUACUGAUGAAGUUGCUGAAUUGAAAGAUGUUGAUACAAAGGGGAUUGAAAAAUCUAGGUCUCCUAGUGUAACAAGUGUUACAGCAGAAACAAAAGAACCAAUGGAUAAAUCGAAAUCGCCUAGUAUUUCUGGUGAAAUAGUUGAAAUGAAGGAUGUUGAUACAAAGGAGAUUGAAAAGUCGAGAUCUCCAAGUGUAACAAGUAUCACAGCAGAAACAAAAGAACCAACGGAUAAAUCAAAAUCUCCCAGUGUUGCAGGUGAAGUUGCUGAAAUGAAAGAUGUUGAUACAAAGGAGAUUGAAAAGUCGAGAUCUCCAAGUGUAACAAGUGUCACAGCAGAAGCAAAAGAACCAACGGAUAAAUCAAAGUCUCCCAGUGUUGCAGGUGAAGUAGCUGAAUUGAAAGAUGUUGAUACAAAGGAGUUUGAAAAGUCGAGGUCUCCCAGCACAACAAGUGUCACAGCAGAAACAAAAGAACCAACAGAUAAAUCAAAGUCUCCCAGUGUAGCAGGUGAAGUAGCUGAAUUAAAAGAUGUUGAUACAAAGGAGAUUGAAAAAUCGAGGUCCCCCAGCGUAACAAGUGUCACAGCAGAAACAAAAGAACCAACGGAUAAAUCAAAGUCACCAAGUGUUACUGAUGAAGUUCCUGAAUUGAAAGAUGUUGAUACAAAGGAGAUUGAAAAAUCUAGGUCUCCUAGUGUAACAAGUGUCACAGCAGAAACAAAAGAACCAAUGGAUAAAUCAAAGUCACCAAGUGUUACUGAUGAAGUUGCUGAAUUGAAAGAUGUUGAUACAAAGGAGAUUGAAAAAUCUAGAUCUCCCAGUAUUACUGCAGAAACAAAAGAGCCAUCAGAUAAAUCAAAGUCUCCCAGUGUUGCUGGUGAAAAACCAGAAUUAAAGGAUGUUGACUCGAAAGAGAUAGAAAAGUCGAGAUCUCCCAGUGUUGUUGGUGAAAAACCAGAAUUAAAGGAUGUUGACUCGAAAGAGAUAGAAAAGUCGAGGUCUCCAAGCGUGGCAAGUGUCACAACAGAAGUGAAAGAGCCAUCGGAUAAAUCGAAGUCUCCUAGUAUUACUGAUGAAAAACCAGAGUUAAAGGAUGUUGACUCGAAAGAAAUAGAAAAGUCGAGGUCUCCCAGUGUUGCUGGUGAAAAACCGGAAUUAAAGGAUGUUGACUCGAAAGAAAUAGAAAAGUCGAGGUCUCCCAGUGUUGCUGGUGAAAAACCGGAAUUAAAGGAUGUUGACUCGAAAGAAAUAGAAAAGUCGAGGUCUCCCAGUGUUGCUGGUGAAAAACCAGAAUUAAAGGAUGUUGACUCGAAAGAGAUAGAAAAAUCGAGGUCUCCCAGUGUAACAAGUGUCACAGCAGAGGUGAAAGAGCCAUCAGAUAAAUCAAAAUCUCCUAGUGUUGCUGGUGAAGAGCCAGAGUUAAAGGAUGUUGAUUCGAAAGAAAUGAAGAAGUCGAGAUCUCUCAGCGUAGCAAGUGUCACAACAGAAGUGAAAGAGCCAUCGGAUAAAUCAAAGUCUCCUAGUGUUACUGAUGAAAAACCAGAGUUAAAGGAUGUUGACUCGAAAGAAAUAGAAAAGUCGAGGUCUCCCAGUGUAGCAAGUGUCACAACAGAAGUGAAAGAGCCAUCGGAUAAAUCAAAGUCUCCUAGUAUUACUGAUGAAAAACCAGAGUUAAAGGAUGUUGAUUCGAAAGAAAUAGAAAAGUCGAGGUCUCCCAGUGUAGCAAGUGUCACAACAGAAGUGAAAGAGCCAUCAGAUAAAUCAAAGUCUCCCAGUAUUACUGGUGAAAAACCAGAAUUAAAGGAUGUUGACUCGAAAGAAGUAGAAAAGUCGAGGUCUCCCAGCGUAGCAAGUGUCACAACAGAAGUGAAAGAGCCAUCGGAUAAAUCAAAGUCUCCCAGUGUUACUGAUGAAGUUGCUGAAUUAAAAGAUGCAAAGGAAAUUGAAAAGUCGAGAUCUCCGAGCGUAACAAGUGUCACAGUAGAAGAAAAGGAGCCAUUAGAUAAAUCAAAAUCUCCCAGUGUUGCUGGUGAAAAGCCAGAAUUAAAGGAUGUUGAGACAAAAGACGUAGAAAAAUCCAGAUCUCCAAGUGUGACGAGUGUUACUGCGGAAGUGAAAGAACCAUCGGAUAAAUCAAAGUCACCCAGUGUUUCUAGUGAUGUUGCCGAAUUAAAAGAUGUCGAUACAAAAGAUAUUGAAAAAUCCAGGUCUCCAAGUUUAACAACAGAAAUCAAAGAACCUUCAAAAUUGGAAGAUGUUGCAAAGGAGAUUGAAAAAUCGAGAUCUCCCAGCUUAGCAAGCAUCACAACAGAAGUGAAAGUACCGUCAGAUAAAUCAAAGUCACCGAGUGUUGUUGGGGAAGAGCCAGAAUUAAAGGAUGUUGAGAUAAAAGACGUAGAAAAAUCCAGAUCUCCCAGUGUAACUAGUAUCACAGCAGAAGUCAAAGAAUCAUCGGACAAAUCAAAGACACCCAGCGUUGUUGGUGAAGAACCUGAUUUUAAGGAUACUGAUGUAAAACCGAUUGAAAAAUCUCCAAGCACGGUAAGUGUUGGAGUUGAAUCGAAAGAAUCAGCCGAUAAAUCAAAAUCGCCCAGUGUUGUUGGUGAAGAACUAGAUUUAAAGGACGUUGACAUAAAAGAUAUUGAAAAAUCUAGAUCUUCGAGUGUUACUGUAGAACCGAAAGAGGCCUUCGAUAAAUCAAAAUCGCCCAGUAUUGCUGGUGAUGUUAUCGAUUUGAAAGAUGUCGAUACAAAAGAUAUGGAAAAAUCUAGAUCUCCAAGUCUAACAAGCGAAAUAACAGAUCAGAAAGGAGCAGAAAUUAAAUCAAAAUCUCCUAGUAUCGCGGAAGAAUCAGUUGAUUCGAAGGAUGUUGAUGUUGUGAAAGAUGUUGAAAAAUCCAGAUCUCCGAGCGUAACAAGUGAUAUAACGAAACUGGCUGUGGAUAAAUCAAAAUCGCCUAGUGUCGCCGGUGAUGCUGUCGAUAUGAAAGAUGUUGACGUUAAAGAUAUUGAGAAGUCUAGAUCCCCUAGCGUAACAAGUAUGACGGCAGAAACGAGAGAACCAUCGGAUAAAUCAAAAUCGCCUAGCAUAAUUGGAGAUGUCCCCGAUUUGAAAGAUGUUGACGCGAAAGGUGUCGAAAAAUCGAGAUCUCCAAGUGCGACAAGUGUUACGGAAUCGAAAGAGCCUUUAGAAAAAUCGAAGUCGCUUAGCAUUGCUGGCGAAGCGCCCGAUGAUAUCCCUGCGAAAGAAAAAUCUAAAUCUCCCAGCAUAUCUCCUAGCGCUCUAACAGAGGCAAAAGAUAUAUCGAAAUCACCAAGUGUUGUCAGCGAUAUUGAUUCGAAAGAUAUCGAAUCGAAGACUGUAGAAAAAUCUAGGUCACCUAGUAUAACCGCUGUCGUUACGGAACAGAAGGAAGUAGCGGAUAAGAGACCUAGCAUUGUUGGCGAUUUAACCGAUUUAAAAGAUAUCGAUAAAUCUAGAUCUCCAAGUGUAACUAGUAUCACGGAAGCGAAGGAUGUAACGGAGUCCAAGUCCAAAUCGCCUAGCAUUGCCGAUGAUACACCGGCAGAUCUGAAAGAUAUCGAUAAAUCUAGAUCUCCCAGUGUAACAAGCGUAGUUACAGAAACGAAAGAUAAAUCGAAAUCUCCCAGUAUUGCGGGUGACGUAAAGGAUGCAAAGGAUAUCGAGAAAUCCAAGUCCCCGAGUGAAACGAGUUCACCGACGGAGAUCAAAGAUGCAUCGGUUAAAUCGAAAUCGCCCGAUAUCGCUGAUAUCGAUUCAACUUCUGAUGCCGAUUUAAAGAGAUCGGUGGACGUAUCGCCCACCUCCCUUAUGGAUUUACGAAUUAGCGACAGAAGGAAACGUUCGAUUACGUCGGACGUUCCCGAUAAAAAGGAAAUUUCGAAGUUCCCAGGUGACGAGAUAAAAGAUAAAUCCGUAUCGCCUGUCGAUAAAACAGACUCGAUUGAAAAGCCUAAGGACAUGGUGUGCGCAGUGGAAUCGUCACGGGACAAGGAAGAGUCGUUCAUUUCUCGUAAAUCAAUAUCUCCGGAAUUGGGGAAAGCGGAUGAAAGAAUCGAUGAUAAGGAUAGACUGUUGGGUGAAAGUGUCGAUCGAUUGAAAGACGAGCGAAAGGAGGGUAUAACGGCCGAUAAGGAAGAAAACAUCACAAGAUAUAUAUCAGAGGAGUAUAUAAAUAAGGGAAGAAAAAUUACAACGUACGUGAUAGAAGAGAUAAUCAGGACUUAUUCGGUCUCGGAAUUCGUAGUGAUGAAUAUCAUCGAAACGAUCAUCAUGACGAGAAAAAUACGCAGAGAUUCGAUUUUAGACAUUGCCGAGCACAAAAGAACGGAGGACGAAGCGAAAGUGGCGCGAAGCAAAGACGCGACGAAAGAUACGAGCGAAGGUUCCAUGAGUUCCAGCUUGAGUUCAGAGUUGAUUGCUUCCGACAAAUCAACCCAGGACAGCCCUGCACGCUCCGAUCCCCACAUCGACGAGGAGAUAUCGAUCUCGGAAGAGAAGAGGGUCGAGAUGGAGAAGUUCUUGGACGAGGAUUACAUCAAACAGGGGAAGAGGAUCACCGAAGAGAUACUGGAGGAGAUCACUGUGAGGACAUCUUUGCCCCGAUACAUCAUUCUAGAAAUAAUCGAGGAGAUCAUUCUGAAGAAGAAACUCACUCGAGAAUCCAUAAUUGACUCGGAGAUCGACUAUCAAGAGGACGAAGAGGCUGAGGACAGUUACACCAAGGACGGUUUCCGUUACGAAAAAUCUCCCUCCCCUCGAUACGACGAGAGAAAAUUGUCUUACGAUUACAAGGGAUCCGAAUAUCCAAGGAUGCAGCAACAAGGAUCUCAAAUGGACGCGUCGGAUUACACGGUCGGCCAAUACGAGAGCCAAUUUCACAAAGCGUUCGUCGGCGGGGUUACGGAGAUACGAACCACCCACAUCACGACGCUCUCGGGUAAAUCAACGCCGGAUAUGACCCGAGACGAGACUCCCGACUCGAUCUCUGAACCUACGGCCUCCACGGUUGAGAAAAUGGAGGAGAGAUCCGGUGUCGUUAAACAGUCAGACAAAGACGUUUCCAAGAUCACCGCCACCAUCACCUCCACGGUGACCCAGAGGACGAGCACAUCCGUCGUGGAGACGGAAGGAAAGCCUGGCCAGAUAAUACUGAAGGAGAGCAAGAUCGGUGAACCGAUCCUCGGCUCAACCGAGGAGGAGUCGAUCGAACAACGGCCAGAAAUCUCUCCGGAUGGUAAAGUCAUCGUGGUGAAGAGGAUCGUGAAACGAGAAGUGCGCGAGGACGAGCCAGACACUAUUCAAAUACUGAAAGAGAGUAAAAUCGGCGAAUCGAUCAGAAAGUUAACCGAAGAAUCGUCAGACGUGUCGAGGCUCGAGAUCAAGGGAGCCGACGAGAAAUUAUUAUCGGGCGAAGAGGAAUCAGAAAUUUCACCGGACGGUAAAGUCAUCAUAGUGAAGAAGAUCGUGAAACGCGAGAUCGUUCCGGAGGAUGAGAUCGGGGGUGACGAUUUGAAAACGAUAAAGGAGAUCAAGGAGAUAACGAUACCUUCGGAUACCACUGUCGAGACAACGGUGAGAAAGGAAACGAAACAAAUCGUGAUUACGGACGAUGGUGGUAAGGUAAGUUUGUCAGACGCUGAGAAACUGUUGGCCGGCCACAAAUUAUCCGACAUCGUAACGGCGGACGUGAAGGUGACAACGACGAUCACGAAGCUGGACGACAGCACCGAUACUUCGACCGCCAUCGACGAGGGGACGACGAUCAAGGAAACCGUGAUCAGAGACGCGGCUGCGAGAAAGCAGGAGGAGGAGGAGGGAGGGACGAAGAGAUUGGAGAAGGCGGAAGUGAAGGAGAAAACGGAGAAACGGCCGGUAUCCCCUCACGUGCGCGACAUUGCCUCCGAUAUCGGCGCCGUGCAAUCGGGAAGAUCCACCCCAGACAGAAGAUCGGAGGGCAGAUCGUUGACGGGUACCCCUGAAGGAUUCAGAUCAGGCGAGGUGAUCCGAACGAUCAUCACCACAACGAAGACGGUGUCCGACGAUGGAGAGAUCGUGACCACGACCCGAGAGGUGACGGAGACGACGAACGAGAAGGGAGAGACGGUGAUCCUUGCCGAGAAGGUGGACGUGAAGGUGGACGAGUACGUGGCUAGUAAAGAAACCGGUGCCAUCGACGUCCCCCUUCAUUCGCGAUCAUCCGCGCCAGAAGGCGGUAUGACGGGGAGCUAUUACGGCGAGUUGCCGACCUCGUCCCAACUCGGCAAAGUGGCGGAUCCCUCCUCGAUUUCGACGAGCAGGGAACAGCAGAGCGAUUCGUACGCGUUCAAACGAUUCCUGGUUGAGAAAGAGUACGCCGGCGAUUACAAGGAGAGGCAAGACGCGAAGAAGUACAUCGACGAGGCGGGCCUCGAUUUCGAGAAAACCAUGGGGGUGGAGAGAAAGGAGUCAGCCGAGUCGCGUGGAAUCUCGCCGAGGUACACGAACGGCAGCGUUCGUCAGGAAGCAAGCGACAAGGAGGACGAUCCGAGGACCACCGAGGCGAAGAAGAAAGACCCGUUGGACGGUUGGGGGACACCUCUCGGCCUCCCGUCCCCUGUCCCGCCCCGUAAGUUCAACCUGAAAAAUGCGACUCAACCAGCGAGCACGAGUAAUAAUAAUAAUAAUAAUACGAACGAAAAUGAGCCACGCACCGAGAUAAACUUCGACGCGAUACACGAUUGGGGGGAACCGUUGAGAUUGCCCUCGCCUGCACCCGUCACCAACGAAAUUUCCAACAAGGGAGCGCCUGGUACACCGAAGAAGGAGAAGAAGCAAGCGAAAAGGGUGCUGUCCGAGAACAUAAAGAACAAGAAACGUUCGGAGAGCCCGGGAAAGAACGAGAAAAAGAUGAAAGACUCGAAGAACAAGGUGCAACCGGUUUACGUGGAUUUGACUUACGUACCUCAUCACGGCAACUCGUAUUACACCUCGUUGGAAUUUUUCAAAAGGGUACGGGCUAGAUAUUACGUGUUCAGCGGCACAGAGCCGAGCCGCGAGGUGUACGACGCGUUGUUGGAAGCUAAGAGAUCGUGGGAGGACAAGGAUCUUGAGGUGACUAUGAUACCGACUUACGACACCGACACGUUGGGCUAUUGGGUGGCAGACAACGAGGAAGCCCUGGCAGCGAAUCACAUUGACCUUUCACCCUCGGCAUCCCGAUGCACGAUUAAUCUGCAGGACCACGAGACUAGUUGCAGUGCCUAUAGACUUGAAUUCUAGGGAUUGGCAGCCUGCUCAGCCGUAAUAGUUGAGUUCUGAGCGGUGUUCAGAGAGUGUAUUUUAUCGCUUCGUUUCUGGACUUGCCGUUUCGCGAAUUCCUUACCGUGCCUAUUAGCGGUUCAUGAAAACUUUAGAAAACUUAAGGAGAGGCUACAUCGAACGACAUUGACGUGGUCGUUGUUCUACGAUCCGAAUUUCGUGCCUAAUCAUCCCAUAUUAUACGAAUCGAUUAUACGCAGUUGUUCCUUGUUUUUUUUAAUGCACAGGUUAAUUGGAUCAAGAGCUACACGAGAUACUAUGUAAUACGUUAUAUCGAUAAUGAUUAUAUGACAACAUCUAUGUGACAACAACAACAACAACAAAAUAUCAAAAGCAACAAUAACAACAACGAAGACGACGGAGACGAGGACGAUAGGACGAUGACUAGGACAGGAGAAACAAUUGCUCCUUCUCUUAUCUGUUAUUUAUUUAUUUAUUUUUUUUUUUCUAUUUCUUCUCUAUCAAUCUUCCUUUCGUUCUUAUUAUAUUCGACACGAAAGAUGUGCAAUGUGACAGUUAUAUUAAAAAAAUAAUAUUGAUCACCUCCCUUGAUACUCGUUCAUGCGACCUUUGCUGAUACGUACGAUAAACAGAUUUGGCCUGUUCUUAGUUUUUCAAACGCUUAGAGAACUCCAUUAGAAAACUUGCGUAGAGAGUGAGAAUGCUUAAUACCGAAGCUCUUCUUUGCACCGUAAACUAUUAUCUUUUUUAUACACAUAAUAUUCGACUAUUCGAUUGAGAGAGAACAAUUAUAAAAUGUGUAGAAAAAGAGAAAAAAAGAAAAAAAAAAGAAAAAAAAAAGAAGAAAAAGAAAUGAAGACAAACAGGAACAACGCAACACAGCCUAGCAAUAAUACGGACAAGACGUACAAAGGUUUUAUUUAAGAGUCAUUAUAUACCGACACGGUAAUAUUAUAUACGCGCAUAAUGGACAAAUAAGGGGUGGACAAAGUUAACGAGAAAUGAAACUCUUUGUACAUUUUUUUUUAUCAUGUUGAAAUUCUCGACCGACACCGACAGGAGUCAUCAAUUCGAAUGAUUCGAUUCGUACGCGAUUAACACGAUUUUUCUUCGUUGUUGGAAUUUAAAAAUCAAUCUCUUCUCGUCGUAAAUAAAUAUUUACUUUUCGUGUAAGUAAUAACAGAGAUGAACGACUAUAUAUGGUACACGGGAAAGUACUAUAGAUAGAAAUCUAUCUGUGUUGUGUUUCUAUACGUAAAGGUAGAAUAAACAAAUUAUGGGUUGGAUCAAAUAACAACAACAACAACAACAACAACAACAACAAGUAUUAUGUAGAAAAAAAAAAUGUCCAUAUUGUCGAUGUUUCAUUCCUAAUGCCUCUCAAAUCCGUUACUAGUAACGGUAAUAAGGUGAAUAAACGAAGAAACAAAGCGAUCUAAAAAUGAUGUUUCCUUCCUCGACAGAGAGAAAAAAAAAAAAAAAAGAAAAAAAAAGAAAAAAAAAGGUAGAAAAUUGGAAGCUAAAUAAUAAGAUGGCGAUAAAGUAAAAAUAUCGUACAACAUCCAUCCAAUGGGCAACAAUGUCCAAUGUUCGAUAAUCGUAUUUGGAAUGGACACCUCUGUUUUUUUUUAAUGUCCCCUUUCCGGAACGAAGCGUGGACGAUUUAAAAAUAGAGUUGUUCAUUCCCACGAAAUAAAUCCGUUUAUAGAUAUUUUUUAGUAGAUAUAUAUAACAAUAUACGUAACAGAAUGUUUUCAUUUCGACAAACAAACGAAAAUACCACUUCCCAGAUCAUGCACCAUUUUAAAAAAAAAAAAAAAACUAGACCAAACGAUAAUUACGGUGUCGUACCGAUGAUGAGAUUGUGAUGAGAGAUAUUUCAUGAAUUCCACGAAUUUCGUUCGUUUCUUUUUUUUUUUUUUUUUUUUUUUUUUCCUUUCUUUCUUUCUUCGUUAGAAAACGCGAUGAUUCCGAUAUUUCAUAUUGAGGAGAAAUUAGUGUUCGAUCGCAUCGCUAUCUGCUUCGCGUAUAUGAAAAAAAAAAAAAAAAA